AUGAAUUUGACUGAAAUGGAAUCAAAAGUUCGUGAAGCCACUAAUAAUGAACCAUGGGGAGCAUCUAGUACAUUGAUGUCACAAAUUGCUGCGGGUACUUAUAAUUAUCGAGAACGUGAAGAAAUUAUUGCAUUUAUAUUUCGUCGAUUCACUGAAAAAGCAGCCAAUGAAUGGAGACAAAUUUAUAAAUCUUUACAAUUGUUGGAAUAUUUGAUUAAAAAUGGUUCAGAAAGAGUCAUUGAUGACGUCAGAGCCAAUGUUUCAUUGAUUCAAAUGUUGAAAUCUUUCCAUUAUAUUGAUUCUAAAGGAAGAGAUCAAGGUAUUAAUGUUAGAAAUAAAAGUAAGAAUUUGAUUGCAUUUUUGAAUGAUGAUAAUCAAAUCAGAACUGAAAGAAAGAAAGCUAGACAAAAUGCAAAGAAAUUUGGUGGUGUGGCAUCCUCUGCAAUGGGAGGAAGUAGUGCGCCAAGUUUUGGUAGUAGUUCUUCUUAUGGUGGCAGUUAUAGUGCUGAUGACGAUGAUUUCCAAAACAAUAGAGUUUAUGGUGAUGGUGGUGUUUAUGGUGAGCGUUUUGCCGAUACUGCUGAAGAAUACAAUGUUAGAUCCUCAAGUAGAGCUUCUCCAGCUUCUGCUUCUACUCCCGGUUCAGGUGCUACUGGUGCAACUUCUAAAUCCAAAUCUAAACCAAGCACCGCUACCACCACCACUACAUCAUCUGCUACCACUAAGAAUGAUUUGAUUAGUGAUUUAUUAGAUUUUGAUGACAAUGCAGGUGCUUCCAAAAACACCGUUUCCAAUGUAGCUGAGGAAGAUGAUGAUGACGAAUUUGAUGACUUUGUUGGUGCCCCUGCUAGUAGUGGACAACAACAUCAACAACCACAACAACAAAAUUCAUUUUUCCAAGCUCAACCAGUUGCAAACACACAAUUCCAACAACAACAGCAACAACAACCAUCAUUAUUCCAAGCACAACCAGUUACCAAUACUCAAACUCCACAAAUACAAAAGACCCAAAAGGACGAUCCUUUCAAGGACCUUCUUUCUGGAUUCAAAGCUCCGGCUACAAAACCUGCAAAUAAUACAAAUUCAACUCCUACUAGCACCACAAAUGCUACAAAUGGAGAUUUUGAUUUCUUAUAG